UUUCAGAAGAGCGCUAGGUCUAAGGUUUACCACGACAUGUAGAUCCUUGAAGCCAGUUGGAUUGUCGAUUGCGUGCAAUCGUUAUUUGUAUAUAUAAAUAAGAAGAAAGAAGAAAACUAAACCAAACGGAACAACCACUUCGGUGGCUCCGGAGGUUGUUGAAGCCUGGAGGACAGAGCAGGCCCGGCGAAGAGGUCCCCAAAGCCGUUUGCCGUACGAUCUGCUUCAAGGCGAAGUACCGCGGUUGCAACGAGGGCGAGCGAUGCGAAAAAACGUCACGGAGGUAAGUCACUCAAAACAUGACUUAAGGCACAGGGAAAAGUGAGUCAGUCCUGCGUUGCUGUUCAUAGGGUUCCUUUGCAGAGAUAAGAAGGGCUGAGUUAAGCAUCUGCACAGGAAAUGGCGCAGAAUGCAUUGUGCGUGUUUCUUUUCCUUUGUUUCUAUGAAAUGGCUCUUGCUGCAGAAAGCCAGGAUUCGGGUUACUGCUACAAGAUCGAGCCCAGCACCAUGGUGGGCAUUGUAAUUGGAGACGUGGUGCUGACCGUGCUGAUAGUAAUCACUGUCUAUCACUGUGCUAGCCGGCGCAGGCGUCAGAGAGAUGAGGCUGACAAAGUGUACAUGAAUGUCAGGGCCAACUGCAAAGCCUGAAAAAAGCACAGAGGACAUGAGUACGCAAUGCAAC